CAAGAUUAUAACCUGCUUUAUGCAACUCUCAGAGCCAAAGAAACUUUACCAAAGGAUUAAAACUUAUGUAAACAAAGAUCCCUUUAUUUACAACUCUGCUUCUGCUUCUCUGAAGACCAAGAAGCUCCAGCUUACAUAUUUGCAGUGGUUUGUUCAUAUUGGUUACACACUAUGUAAUUUUUUUAAGAAUUUACUAAUCUUACAAAAUAGAAGCAACAGUGAGCAGAGAUACUGGUGCGUGUUAAGGAUCUCACUAAGAUACUGAGAACCUUGCUAAAUUGCUGAGGCUGACCUCAAACUUGUGAUCCUCCUAUCGUAGCUACCCAAGUUGCUGGGAUGUGUGCCAUGAUGCCUGGCUGGUUGUGCUAUUCUUAAAUGUAUUGAACAGUUGGCAGGAGAAGCAGGAUUGGACAUCAAGGUCAGCAUGUGGAGGAUUUAAAGGAGCCUCAGAACACUUAGGUCAAAGAGGAUGUCUCGUUAUCACAAGGUUUCUGUGAGUCAACAGUGCCCCAGAAAGCAUUUCUCUUCCUGAGACUCCAGGGAAGUCUUGGAAUGCAAAGAACUUGAGGAGGAAGCCUGGCCAAGUAGAGAUUUGUAAGCCUUUGUGUGCUUGCUGAAGCAGGUUUUUGGCAUUAACACAAACCAAAGUGUUUGUAUUAUUAAAAGCAGCACUUUUCAAGUAGAACUAAGACAUAUCAAGAUUUAAAACUUAAAUAUCUUGGAAUAAUCAGAAGAACAACAUGGGAGAAACUGAGAAAAGGAUGGAAACCAACAGAGUAAAAUGUCUUUCAAAGGUGAAGAUGUUUCUGUUGGCAUUAACUUGUGCAUAUGUAUCCAAAACACUAUCUGGAUCUUAUAUGAAUUCCAUGCUCACCCAAAUAGAGAGACAAUUCAAUAUCCCGACAUCUCUAGUUGGAUUUAUUAAUGGAAGCUUUGAGAUUGGAAAUCUUUUGUUGAUUAUAUUUGUGAGUUAUUUUGGAACUAAACUACAUAGACCUAUAAUGAUUGGUGUCGGAUGUGUGGUUAUGGGAUUAGGGUGUUUCUUAAUAUCGCUACCUCAUUUCCUCAUGAACCGAUAUGAAUAUGAAUCUACAGUUUCAGUUUCAAGCAACUUGUCCUCAAACAGUUUCUUAUGUAUGGAAAAUGGUACCCAGACUUCAAGACCAACACAAGAUCCAUCAGAGUGUGUGAAGGAAGUUAAGUCAUUAAUGUGGGUAUAUGUACUGGUAGGAAAUAUUAUACGUGGAAUGGGUGAAACCCCCAUCAUGCCUUUGGGUAUUUCCUAUAUAGAAGAUUUUUCCAAAUCUGAAAAUUCUCCUUUGUAUAUUGGGUUUAUAGAAACAGGAGCUAUCAUCGGUCCUUUGAUUGGACUUUUGUUAGCGUCAUUCUGUGCAAACAUUUAUGUAGAUACUGGAUCUGUAAGCACAGAUGAUCUGACCAUAACUCCCACUGAUACUCGUUGGGUUGGUGCCUGGUGGUUUGGCUUUUUGAUCUGUGCAGGAGUGAAUAUCCUCACUGCCAUUCCUUUUUUCUUUUUGCCCAAAACGCUUCCAAAGGAAGGACUAGAGGAAAAUGCUGACAUCAUUAAAAAUGACAAAGAAGAGAAACAGAGCGGAGAGGUCAAGGAGGAAAAACAUGGAAUCACUAAAGAUUUUUUACCAUUCAUGAAAAGUCUCUCCUGCAAUUCAAUUUACAUGCUUUUCAUACUUAUAAGUGUAUUACAGUUCAAUGCAUUUGCUAACAUGUUCUCCUUUAUGCCUAAAUAUUUGGAACAACAAUAUGGAAAAUCAACUUCUGAUGCAAUCUUUCUCAUUGGUAUUUAUAACUUACCUCCAAUAUGCAUUGGAUAUAUUGCUGGUGGUUUAAUUAUGAAGAAGUUCAAGAUUACCGUUAAACAAGCUGCCCACAUAGGAUGUUGGUUAUCUGUGAUUGAGUACCUUCUCUAUUUUUUAUGUUUUCUUGCGACCUGUGAUAAUUCUCCAGUUGCUGGCAUAACUACCUCUUAUGAAGGAAUCCAACAAGAUUUAUAUGUGGGAAAUAAGAUCCUUGCUGACUGCAAUACAGAUUGCAACUGUCCAACUAAAACGUGGGAUCCUGUAUGUGGUGACAAUGGUUUAUCAUAUAUGUCAGCUUGUCUUGCUGGUUGUGAGACAUCCUCUGGAACUGGACUGAACAUGGUGUUCCAAAAUUGUAGCUGCAUUCGAACAUCAGGAAAUUCAUCUGCAGUUCUUGGGCUGUGUGAUAAAGGCCAUGACUGCUCCAUGAUGCUCCAGUACUUCCUAAUCUUGUCGACAAUUAGCAGUUUCAUUUAUUCUUUAGCUGCCAUACCUGGAUAUAUGGUUCUCCUGAGGUGUAUCAAGUCUGAAGAGAAGUCUCUUGGUGUGGGAUUACAUGCAUUUUGCACAAGAAUAUUUGCUGGCAUUCCAGCACCUAUAUAUUUUGGAGCUUUAGUGGACUCUACCUGUUUACAUUGGGGAACUUUGAAAUGUGGUAAGCCAGGAGCAUGCAGAAUAUAUGAUUCAACAAACUUCAGGCACAUCUACCUUGGAUUGCCAGCAGCAUUAAGAGGAUCAAGUUUUAUUCCUGCCUUUUUGAUCCUAAUUCUUUUGAGAAAGCAUCAUCUACCUGGUGAAAAUGACCCUUCGGGAACUGAGCUUGCAGUGAUGAAGGUUACAGAGAAAGAAAAAGAGUGCAAAGAUGUUCACCAAAAUUCCAAGGUUUUGAAUGAUGAAGAAAUGAAAGCUAAACUAUAAUGUCCUAUUCUACCAGCCUUCCCAGAGGUGGAAAACACAGUAUAAAACUUAAUUUUUUAAAAAUCAUUAGAGGUACUUCAGGUAACUUUUUCUUGUCUCUAAGAAUCUGCUCAUGAUGAAAGUGUCCACUGUAUGUCUGAAGUAUCAGAAUGGCAGUUGAGAUUUUCUAGAGGAGACAUUUAUAACAACCACUACACAGGAUUUUAAAGCCGGCUUUACUUUUUAUGUUAAAGCAACAAUUUCUUUUUUAACUCAUUCAAAGAAAGGGUCUAUUUCUUACAUCUCCUUUUCCAAAUAGUUCUAAAAUUUUUCUAUUCUAAAAAUCUAUUUAAUGCUAUCAAAUUUGUAUAUUGGGGUUAUUCAGAGAUUGAAAUUUUUUUCCUUCUCAUGUGAACUUGAAAUUUUUUAUUCAUAUUGAUUACUUCUAUGUGAAAGAAGCCUAUAUGUUCUUAUUCUAUUCAGUAAUUGUUCUUUGAUACUCCUAUUCACUCCAGACAUGAAUUUUUAAAACUAGAUUGCUCAUUAAUAUGUCAUCUCUUGUUAUCAAUUCUCUCCUUUAUUACUGAUGUCAUAUAUUUGCUCAUUUUGUUCAGGACACUGACAAACUUAAUCAGGUUAUUAAAAAUCACGUAGCAAAGAUGGUUGGAAAUUUUUUCAGCAAUUUAAAUCCAAUAACUCCAGUCUUUCUUAAAAACAAGUAUAUGAAUCAAAGGAUAGAAGGACAAUAUGAGAGAGACAGCUCUUACAGACCACUUGUAGUGUCAGAUAUUAUCAAAGGACCAUUUUCCCAGGUUCAGGAGGCCUCUGUAGAUCAUUGUUUAUGUUAUCCAUUUGGUCCUAAGUUAGAACACAAAUACUAAUUUCCCAAAAAUCAUCUUGGAGAAUGAUACUUUUGAAAAGUAGCCUCUGUUAUGAAACUGAAGUCAAUAAAAUUCAAGAUACGUAUGAAAAACUAAAUCUAUUAAUAUUAUUUUAAAUUUUUGAGUAAAAAUAAUCAAAAGAGUUUAGAGGUACAUGAAAACUUAUUAUAAUAUAGAGUUCUGGUUCAGGACAGUAGAAUGCUCAUAUUUGUCUACUCAUUCUUCCUCCAUUUGAAAUGAAAGUCAAUAUAUAAAAAUCAUAUAAAUCCCUAAUGGUAGAGGAAAGAAGGGUGGGAGAAGUGGUCAAUACACUAUGAUCAUUUGUGUGCCAUAUAAAGGAAAUGAGAGUGUUCAGAAGGACAAAAUAGAGCAGAAGAAGGUCUAAGAAUCUUAAAUGCACUUAGAAGGAAACUGGAACUUAGGUGGGAGAUUCUGAGAUGGUAGCUGGACAGUGUGUUAGUCAGGUUUCUGUUACUAUAACAAAUAUCUGAAUAAGCAAACUUAAAAGGAUGGAAGGUUUGAUUCACAGAAUCAGGGAUUUCAGUCCAGUUUCAACUGAUGCUGUUGUUAUGGGCCUGUGGCAAGGAAUACCUCAGGGAGCAUGUUGAAAAGAAGCUACUUACCUUGUGUUAGCUAGGAAACAGAGAGGCAGGAAGGGUUUAGGGUCCUAAUAGCUCCUCCAAAGGCACAGCUUCAGUGACCUAACUUCCUCCCACUAAGACCCACCUCUUUAAGGUUCUACCAUUUACUAACAGUAUUGCAUUCAGGACCACAUCUUUCACACAUGGGCCUCUGUGGGGCAUUCCAGAUCCAACUAUAGCAGACAGAAAACAAGCCUCUUAAUUGAAGGACUUUCUAUAGAAAUUUGUAGGCCAAUAUGAGUCCUUGAAUGAUUAAGUGUGUCCUUUAGAAAGAAAGAAGUUGAGAUGAGAAAGACUGAGUAGAAAAGGUUAAGAGUUAAAGUUUAAGCGUGUGAUUUCAGAGACUUCACACACCUGAUGUAUUAAAAGUGCCCAAGAUUCAAGACAGGGAUAGUGUUGAAACAUGAGAGAGGAGCUAACAUUAUUGGAGAAGAGGUGUGUAAUCUGGGGUUUGUAUGACUACAGCAGUAAAGUGUACUCUUUCAGGCUUAUGACAUGAAAUCUGGAGUAGCUUCUUUUGUGUGGGGGAAAAUGGUCUGGAAGCUGAAAUGAAGAGUAAGGACUUUUACCCUUUUAAUCUAGAGAGUUGUGAGAAAAAGGGAAUAGCCACUGCAUGAGGUUUUGAAGGGAGAAAAUUUUGCUUACUGUGGUCUGGUAAAGAGAGCAUUCAUUCACAAGUCUGAGGACAUACAGGACUGUGAGAUCCUGAGGAUACAGUGAAUAUGAACUGAUAUCAGGACCUGGAGUCUUAUAGAAAAAGUGAAGACUAUGAGGCAUAUGGAAAUUAGACUUAGGGAAAACAGGAGUGAGUACUUAGAAUUCUGGUUGUUUAUUUUUUUAGUUGAGUCACAUGAACAGAAACAAAGAAUAAAAUGAGAUUAAUUUUGACGGAUUCAAGGCAGAUAGUGUUGGUGACACCAUGAGUGUCAAAAUUGGGAGGAGUGGUGUCUGGGCUCCCUCAUGACCCUUCAUCAUGGAGGCAAACUGAAGAAUCAGAAAUUUACUGGGAACACCUUGACCCCUAUUGAGAAGUUUGACAUGAUCAAAGAAAGCUGAAGCUUACUCUGCCUCACAGUUCACCCACUUGAACAUCUUCAUGGGGAAUCUCAGAGAGACAUGAAUCUAGACUUAGUGCUUUGGGUUCCUUCCUAACCCCUCAUGUGGGAGACAUAAUUCCACUUUUAGAGCACAGGGUUCUCCUUGACACUCCUGUGACACUUCUCUCUUUGUGGGAGAAAGCAGGCCAGAGAGAGUGGAUGUAGGAGUGCUUGGGGAUCUCUCAUGACCUUUGCUAUGGCAUCUCUGAGGCCUCAGGAGACUAGUUCUUGUCCUAAAAACUGACACUCUCCUGUAAGGACAGAGACUAUGUCACAGCAGACAUAUAUGGGGUAGAGCUACAAGAGAUCAGGCUAUGAGAAGUCUAGGGUCAUAAUUCUUUUAUUUAAUAUUGUAGAAAAAUCUAAGCUUAAAUAGAAUUAGAAUUAGUAUUUUAAUGUAUCUAUCAUCUAUCACCUAUCUAUCUAUCUACAUAUCUAUCAUCUUUCUAUCAUUUAUUGGUACUG